AAACAAAACAAAACAAAACAAAAUACUAAUUUUUGCUGAAUCAUUUAAACUUAUUCAUGUAGAUUUUGGAGACUGGUCACUUAUGCUAUCAUGUAUUAUAUUGUAAUUUAUGCAUUUUUGUACGGCAUUAAAUAUACGCAUUGGAUUUACUUUUUAUCAAAUAAUCUUGUCUUCUGGUUCUUGUUGCUCCAUUUUCGUCACUCACAUUAUGGAUCUUUGUCGUAUCGAUAUAUUAUAGAUCAUCUUUUAAUUGUGAAUAAGAAACAUUCAUAACGUUAGACGUUUUACUUACAUACUAAUUACUAUACUUAAUAAAAAACAAUAGAAUUUAUUUUUUUUCUUUCCUUUUUUUAAAAAAAAAAAAAAAAAAAAAAAAAAAAAGAAAAAAAAAA